AUGAAUCAAGGGAGUGGAGAUGCAGCUGAGAAGAGGAGUGAGCCGCCACCAUCCAAGAUUGAAGCUUUGGAUGGCUCCAACUAUGAGGAAUGGAGCGGGCGGAUGCGGAGCGCCUUCAAGCGCUACAAGCUGCUGAAAAUUGCAAUGGGAGAGGAGAAGAUGCCGGGGGAAGGAGAUGCCCGCGAUCGGUGGAUUGAGAAGAGCGCGGUGCUGUACGACCUCAUCCUCCAAUCGGUCAACAACGACAUGUUCCAGCACAUCAAGGAUUUGGUGGAGUUGGAUGAUUCCGGACCGAAGGCAUGGAAGCUGCUACGCGACGUGAUUCAGCCCAACACGCUGCCGAUGGUGAUUGUGUUGGAGAAGGAGUUGGCUGCCCUCUCCAUGAAACCGGGAGAUGAUGUGAAACCGGUCCUUGACAAGAUCAAGGACACCUAUGCGAGGAUGGCAGCGGCGGGCAGCGAAGUGUCGCAGAUGCAACAGUGCACCAAGAUCAUCUCGGUGCUCGACAACUCGUGGGACAACCUCAUCCCCACCCUCAACGUUCAGCAGGACAAAUGGACGCCUGAGUGGCUACGGCAGCAGAUUCUGCAGGAGGACUUCCGCAGACGCCACACGGGAGGUGGUGCUGCCAACAAAACUGCUGAGGGGUAUGGAGCUGCAGGAGGCAGCAGAGGAAGAGGGGGAGGGAGAGGCCGAGGCCGUGGGAGAGGUUUUGGCAGAGGGAGAGGCCGAGGUGACUACAAUGAGGGGCAUGGGAGCUCUGGUGGCAGGGGGAGCACCCGAAUGGAGGGUGCGUGCUGGUACUGCAAGAAGGCUGGACACCCGUGGUUCAAGUGUUUCAGCCGGCCUGAGGGAUGGGCCCCUCCAGGCAUGAAGCCGCCAAGUGGUGAACGUGCACGCGGUGGCGCUGUGCAAGGUUCAGGUGCACAAGUUGGGAAGGUUGUGAUGCACCCCCUCACUCACUGGGUGAUCGAUUCAGGUUGCACGAGUCAUAUGACCCCACGGGCAGAUUUGCUUGAUGAGGUAAAACCUCCUGGGAAGAUCAAGUUUGUGGCUGCCGCUUCAGGUGCUUUGCUCCCUGUGAUUGGUGUUGGGAAUGCCAAGGUGAUGGGAGCCAAUGGAGAGCUUGUGGGGCUUGGGAAUGUGCUGUUGGUUGAAGGUUUGUCCGCUAACCUUCUUUCUGUGCGCCGGCUGCAGAAGAGCAAGGCUGAAGUUACCUUCGGCCCAACCAGCUGCCGUGCAAAGCUUGGGAAGUUGCUGCUGUGGAACUUGGAGGAGAAGAGCAGCUGCAUCAAGGACUUGUGGCAGCUGCCCAUCAUCCCUUGGAAGGGGAAACCACCAGCAACGGCAAAGGCAGCGGCAGCGGCUAAAGCAACUGCGGGAGGAGAGGAGACUGCACCAACUGCUGGGGCCCUGGAUGCAGUCAAGAAGGUGCAGCAGCCACAACAGCCACAUGGUGAGGUGCUUGCUGGUGUGGAUGCGACAGCUGCAUGGGCAAAGGCUUCAUCUGGGAGUGGUGAGGCUGAUUGGGAGACGUAG